AUGGGAGCGCGCGGAGGCGCUGCCGGGAGGCCUGAGCCAGGCGGCGGUGGCGGCGGCGGCGGCCCGGGCGUGUGGGGAGCGGAGCGGGCGGCGGCUUCGGCGCGCUCGGCCCCGGCCACGCUGGCUCCCGGGGAUCCUCCCGAGAUGCCGGUGCGGAGCGAACGGUGCUGCGCUGGCGGGGCGGUGGCGGCGGGUUCGGCCUCUUCACCGCCCUCCGGGGCGGCCGCCAGCAGCCUGGUGCCGCCGCCUCCCAUCAACACGGCGCAGCCCGGUGUGGCUACCUCGCUCCUCUACAGCGGCGCCAAGUUCCGCGGGCAGCAGCGCAGCAAGGGCAAUGCCUACGAGGUGGAGGUCGUCAUGCAGCAUGUGGACAUGGAAAACUCCUAUCUCUGUGGAUACUUGAAGAUUAAAGGCCUUACAGAGGAGUACCCAACCCUCACCACUUUCUUUGAAGGUGAAAUAAUCAGUAAGAAACAUCCUUUCCUAACCCGCAAGUGGGAUGCUGACGAGGAUGUGGAUCGUAAGCACUGGGGGAAGUUUCAGGCUUUUUACCAGUAUGCAAAAACAUUUAACUCUGAUGACUUUGAUUAUGAGGAUCUGAAAAAUGGGGACUAUGUGUUCAUGAGAUGGAAGGAACAGUUCCUAGUCCCAGAUCACACUAUCAAAGACAUCAGUGGUGCUUCCUUUGCUGGUUUCUAUUACAUCUGCUUCCAGAAGUCAGCAGCAUCUAUAGAGGGCUAUUACUACCAUAGGAGUUCAGAAUGGUAUCAGUCAUUGAAUUUAACUCACGUUCCUGAGCACAGUGCUCCUAUCUACGAGUUCCGAUGACAGCCGCCCGCAGCUGAGAGCGCACGGAAGCCAAGCGGGCAGGAGGGCAUGGCCUGCCGGGAGGACUGUGCCCCUGUGGGAGCAGGGGCAUGCACGCUUCCCUCCUGCCCUCGGACUCGCCAGGCAGAGCCUCAACCUUAACCCACCCAGCCCAAGGAGCGUGGCUGCUGGAGCUUCUCUCCCUCCUGUCGAGUGGCGGAUUUGAUCUUUAAUCUGGUUUUAAGCUACCUUUAAAUGCACUUCCCUAUUGCACAGCUAGUUUCUCUAUCACUGAAGUUCCUCCUGGCUCUCCUCUGGAAGCUGUUUCUCAGUAGCUGGAAUCAGUGAUCUGUCCUCUGAGUAACAAGAAAAUAGAAGCAGAGUGCUUGUAUUUUCCUUGUUACAGCCUGACGUGGGUCGAAUUCGCCAGGCCUCAGGUUUGGUACCCAGCCUGCCAGCUCUGAUGCUCCUGGAGCCGGGUCCCAGCGUGUGAGGUUUCAGCUGUUGUGGGGGAGCGCUGACUGGCACAGCUAAGGCUUGAGUGAGCCUUUGCUUUGCACUGGCUGAUGAGGUUAGCCAGGGCUGCAGUCCU